AAUUAGAAAAAGUAUAAAAGCGAAAUUAGUUGAUAUUGGAUCCACAGAACGACAAAAUCCAUACACACAAUGAAGACUAUAACUGCUGUAUUGUUCUUGGUGGCAGCUGCACUGGCCCAAUGGACACCCGACCCUCUCUGUCCGUACCCGUCAUACGAACCCACCAGAUUUCCUGUGCCAGGUGACUGCACCAAGUACUACGAGUGCUUGGGUGGUACCAAAACCUUGCUAAGUUGCCCAGAUGGGUUCGAAUUUGAUUACGAACGUCAAGACUGUGAAGCGGCGGGAGCGGUCAAUUGUGACCCCAAUGACAUUACCACGGUCACUUGGGCUCCUUCAACAGAUCGUCCACCUUGCUCUGCAACGGGUGAUGAGGUCAUAUAUUUCCCCUAUGAGGGCGACUGCACUAAAUUCUGGGAAUGUUAUCAACGAAACACGUAUUUGCAUCAGUGCCCCGCGGGAUAUUACUGGAGUCAGGCCCUGGGAAGGUGCGACGUUGCCGCUAAUGUCGAUUGUGAGUGGGAUUAGCAGAGAAUUUCCAACGCUGACAUAAAUUUAUUUAUUUAUUAUCUGUGUAUACAUAAAGAAUAAAUAUAUGAUAUUACAAAUUA